UGUUGUAUCGAUAAGAUUGUAUAAUAUAUCUCGUAUUUAUGAAUUAAAAACAAGAAAAGCUGCGAGGAGCAACAACAGAAUGGCACUACAAAUCCUGAAGCGUCUGACCACCACGCUGCCAGUAGCGACAAUCACGGCCAGUGCCAGGGCCGUCACCUGCCAGCAACAAUUGCUUCACACAACGCCGGCGUGCUAUGAGAUACGGAAACUGGCCCGCCUCCGUGUGGUGGACAACAGUGAUCUCGGCAAGCGAGCCAUGGCCGAGGGCCGCCCGCCGCGCUGCAUCCAUGUGUACAAUAAGCGCGGCGUCGGUUACAUUGGGGACAAAGUGCUGGUGGCCAUCAAAGGCCAGAUGAAGAAGGGCAUCCUGGUCGGCCUGAAGCAGAACCAGAAGCCCAAGCAGCCCAAAUUCGAUAGCAAUAACCUGGUUUUGAUCGACGACAAUGGUUCGCCGCUGGGCACACGCAUCCAUGUACCGAUACCCACCGUCCUGCGGACGAUACUCAAGGAGAAGACGCUGGCGAAGGGUGCCGACUACACCAAGGUUCUGGCCAUCGCCAGUCGCUAUGUUUAGUCAUUAUUGUUGUACAUCCUUCCCACCCCCUGACUGUGUAAAGAAUAAACAGCUUUGUUAUAUUGAAAGUA